GAUUUCUCAAAAAUCAAUUUCGACUACGUCGCCAUCUACACGCAAUCUUAAUAACUUUCAAAUUCGACGUUAAAACAGAAUUCUACUUAAUUUAUUUAUAUUGUCAAAAACAACAUAACCUCAACAUAUCAAGUUUAAUAAUUUAAACUAAUUUGCUUCUUAAAACUACAUUCAAAAACAAUGUAUUCGCCAAAAAUGUUAAAUUUUUAUCGUCAAUUUCUUGCAACGAGAAAUACUUCAUUUUUUACGAUGAAAAAUUUAUCUACAUCAACUGAAAAUCAUUAUGAUAUAAUAAUAGCCGGUGGUGGAAUGGUUGGAACAACUUUGGCAUGUACUUUAGGUAAAAAUCCGAAAUUGUCAAAUAAUAAGGUGCUUCUUCUCGAAGGUUCCAAAGAAAUCAAAUACACACCUUCAGAAAAAUAUAGUAAUCGAGUGGUUGCCUUGAAUCCAAGUACAAAAAGCUUGUUAACUAGAAUUGGGGCUUGGAAACGAAUUGAAAGUGUCCGAUAUGGACCUGUCUGUAAAUUACAAGUUUGGGAUGCCUUAUCAGACUCAAUGAUUGAGUUUGAGGAGGAUGAUAUGAAAAAAGAAGUAGCUUUUAUUGUUGAGAAUAAUUUAUUGUUACAUGCUGUUAUGGAAGAAACAAAAUCAUUGCCUAACAUUAAUAUAAUUAAUGAAGCUAAAGUAAAAAAAUGUAACUUAGGUAUGAACAUUGAUGAUUUGGUUUGUGUGGAAUUAGAAUCAGGAAAGAGUUUUACUUGUGAUUUAUUGUUAGGUUGUGAUGGUGCUAACUCCAAAGUAAGAGAAGCUAUGGGCAUACAAUACGUUUCAUGGAAUUAUAACCAAAUGGGAUUAGUCGCAACAUUACAAUUAUCCGAGACAACCGACCAAAACACAAUAGCUUGGCAAAGAUUUUUACCAACAGGACCAGUAGCUUUAUUACCAUUAAACUCAAAACAAAGCUCUUUAGUUUGGUCAAAUACACCAGAAAAUGUUAAACAUCUUCUCAAACUUCCAAACGAUCAAUUUAUAGAUGAACUCAAUAGUGCUUUGUUUAAAACGUUUCAAAGAAAUAAUAUUGUUCAAGAAGCUAACAAAAUCUUAGACACAUUCUUUAAGCUCAUAAAUUUGCCGCCAAAUUGUAUGAGACAAUUACCUCCGAGUGUUUGUGAUGUCGUGGAAGGAUCGAGGGCUGCUUUUCCGUUGGGAUUCGGUCACGCGGCAAAUUACGUCGGUAAAAACGUUGCUUUAGUGGGAGAUGCUGCUCACCGAGUGCACCCCCUUGGAGGUCAAGGUGUCAAUUUAGGAUUCGGCGAUGUGGAAUGUUUGAAUGAAAUUCUAAGCGAAGCCGUUUAUUCGGGAAGAAAAUUAGGUAGUUUACUUGAUUUAAAAGAAUAUGAGACAAAGAGGCAAAGACAUAAUGUGCCUACAAUGUUAGCUUUGGAUGGGUUACAAAAAUUGUAUUCUACUGAAGCGGCACCUGCGGUACUUCUGAGAAGUUUGGGCCUACAAAUUACUCACGCCUUGUCUCCUAUUAAAAGAGCUAUUAUUCAACAAGCCGCUCAUUAGAAAAUAAUUACUCAAGGAAGUGGUAAUCGCUCUUAUUUGUUAUAUAGAUAAUUUAAUUAGAAUUACAAUAAAUUUGUACUUAACUAAAAUAUUUUAUAUGUGAGUUGUUGAA